AUGGUGCGACAAACCGUCUCUGAAACAAAGCUUCGAAAAAUCCUUGAACUCAAUGACAAACUAAAAGAACAACUGGAAAUCCCACGUAUACCUGUUUCUGAAGCAAGUCGAUCUCUCAUUGAAUAUUGCCAAACCAACCGAGAUCUCAUGAUUCCAUCGGUAUGGGGAAGUCGGAAUCCCGACCCAUUUGCAGAACCUGCUGGCGGAUGUGGUUGUUCCAUGAUGUAA